CCUGAAUCUCGGCAGUUGUAGGAAAGCCGUUUUCUUACAUGCCCCUCGUAGUCGCCCACAUCCUCAUCCUUCUCUGUCAUCUCGAAUCAAUGAGGACCCACGAUGGUGUCGUCCUCUCGAUAACUGAGACAUUACACCGCUACCUCUCCUUCCCUUUUUUUGCAGAACACCAGAAAACCCGCAGCGCCCCUCAUUUUCUGUGCUUUUUUUCGUUGUUGACAUCUGACAGCGGCACCAUCCAAGUCCGCAGCAUCCUAGCCCCAAGCCCAAGUCACGCCCCUCCUCUUUUCGUGCGCGCCACAGCGAACAAGGUGCCGGAGCUUGUUGUCUGGAAGGUGGGACGGCGGGAGGGAAGGGAUCACUCUGCCAGUAUUUUGUUGCACGCGCCGCGCCGCUCGCACUAACCUUCUUCCCCUGUGCAGCGUGCCCUGUGCCUCCUUUUUCCCUACUACCCUGAGAAGUUGCCCUUUGCCUUCGCCCGCAAUGAUACCCAAGUAGCCGCUUGCGGAGGUUCCACUCAGAAAUCAGGACCGGCCGCCUGCUUUUCCUUCCCAGCGCCAUCCCCCCCGCCCCCCUCUAGUGCGGCACAUCGGGGCAGUGAUCAACUGGACUGGGCCCGCCGAUCGUGGAGCAGACGAAGCCCGAAGCAGACAACAUCCCUUCCAAGGCGGCGGCGGCGGCGGCGACGACGACAGAAAAGGGGAACGACCCAAAGCCAAAGGCGCGUGAAAGCACCAGCAAAUGUGCCCCCUCCCCCGGGGACCUCCAAAGCAUUUGUCUUCUGCCCAUCUUUAGUUCAGCGGCGCCUAAGCCCCAUCUGCUUCAGCCCUCAUCCGGCUUGUCUUCUUCCCGUCCCAUCACACCUACCUGACCUUCUUUCACCGACCUAGAAGUCCAAAACACUCUAAAAAAGACUGGCAGAGAAACCAACCCUGCGGUCGGAGCUACUGCCGUGGCGUGCUCUGGUCACCUGCAUCGUCUCCCUCUCUCCCUCAAACUGUCGCUCACAAACACCUUCUCCCUCCAGUUGUAAGGCCGAACGACGGACGGACGGACGGACGGACGUUUGUCGGCUCGUCGCAACGAAACGCUGCGAAGCGAAUCCCAAAGCGCCCCCCCUCUACUGUUGCUGCUGCUGCAGCUGUUGUUUUGUUGCCCAUCGAGACCCGCAUCGACCACAUCGCUGGGAAAACAAUUCGUCACCUUUUUGACCUCGAUCGUCCGCCACCAGAGGACUGGACUUGUUUAGCCGACCAGUCACAAGCCCACUCCGUCUACCGUUAGAUCUUGCCUUCGUCUUGGGCAAGAAUCUUUCAUCUUGUCGUUACCGUCCUGGGGUUGGCUCCUCAGUUGUUUUUUGUUUCAUACGCCCGGAGGCGUUUCCCCGCUAAGACCUCCCACCCGGGUUCCCCAGAGACCGGAUGACAAGAAAGAGGCUUGACUCGUUCAUCCAUCCUUCCUGCAUCCUCCUCCUUUGCUGGUGAUUUAAUCGUUUUUGCUGCCCUGAACCCCCAAAACCCUCGUCCACUCCUGUUGCUUUCUGCCUCGCACCUAAACCCGCCCUAAUCCUGUCAUCUGCCCAUUCUCAUCACCUCCCUAUCUCCCAUACACACACAAACGCACAAAUAAGCCCGACGCCAGGGGAGGGGGCAUCAGAAUCCGGGGUUGGCGCCGACUAAUCAUCUUGGACGAACUCACGAAGGAAGGGCACAUGAACCGUAUGUUCGAGUCGUUCUGCCGAGUCGAGACAGACAGAAACGCCCAUAACACCACCCCAGUCAGGUCCCGUGUGUUGUCACACCUACACGAUACGCUCCAAACUUUAAUACCCUCCUCUAUUUCUUGCACUUCCUCUCCACUUCCCUCCCUCGAUCUACGCUUUCUCGUCUUAUUGACAGCGGACGGACCGUAGGGCUACCUGUUCCCAACAACGAACACCUAAUUCUGCUUCACUUUGUCAAAAAGGCGCGUAGGCCUUCUCGAAGUCUCAGCAAACUUUUUUGCUUCGGUCUUGGCUCAGAAGAGCGUUGCCGUCAUUCCAACAUUGGUCAUCCAACAUCCGCAACCAGCAAUCGCGAGUUCAGAAUAACCCACUCUCCGAAUCUGACCUGGUCUCCCUUCGCCCGUACCAACCGUGCCUUCAUAGACACCCGGGAACAAAAGAGCCCUUAUAACCCCAAGAGUAUAGCCCGCAUCAUUUAUAAAUCACCGCCAAAAUGUCUCCUCAGGACUCAUCCCUCACCAAGCAACAACGGAUUCAAGCAUGGCGCGAGGAGGUUGCGGCAUCGGCAUCUCUAUGCACAUGCCCCCCGUCCUCGCCGGCCGCAUCCGCCUCGUCGACAAAUAUUUCCCUCUCCGCAACUUCCUCAUCAGCCUCCUCAUCGGCAUCGUCACCAGGGGCGCGUGACCCCUUUACUUUUUUCCGGCUCCCUUCGCAACCGACAUACUGCCCGACAUGCUCCCGCCUCGGAGCCCCGUCGGCAAUGGGCCUGGAGCCGUCGGCGGCUUACCUCGAACAGACGGAGACACUCCCCGGCGGACACGUGCCGGCGGGCAUCUUCCGCGCGAAGCACGGCAACCACCCAAUCUUCCGCGGCAUGCGCAACCUCGUCCGCAAACUUAGCGGCAGCAGGACUGGCGGGCCCAUGCCACCUCGAGGCGCCGAGGAAGCCACCAGGAUGUACCGACGCGCGACCCUCGCUGCCACUCCUCAUGCCACAAACAACGCCGCCGCCGACACGGAGCUGGAUGCGGACGGAGACUGCGUCGCUGACGGUGCAGACUCGGAGGGCCGUGGCCACGUGCCAAAGCUGAUUGCCGAGAAACAGGCGCGGCUUAGGAGGGCCUCGAGGUUGCUCUCGAGGACUCACGGGAGUCCUUAGUACUCGCACAUACGCUUGAUGCGCAGACGAGCAGCUUGCGGGUUGGUUUCACUAUAGGGAGCAUGGCAAAUGGUUUCCGUGAAAUAUGGCAAACGAAAUGGUCGGUGGUGCUAGGCGUCUUCUUUCCUUGUUGUUCUAAUUGGACCGGUCCACAUACACAAUUUGGCUUCAGUCGUGCUUGUUAAUACCA